AUGGACGAGCCAGCUCUCGCUAGACCAUUUGACGACGAUCCGCUCGCGGAGUUCUCAACAGAGGUCAACUGGACUCGUGCUCUGUCCAAACUCCAGAAUUUCAGGAAGAGCAUAGAGGCGCUUGUCAGGGUCUCGUCGUGGACGCCUCGACAAUGCCAAGAAGUCAACGCCAUCCUGGCAGUGCUGACACCAAUUCCUCCCAAGUCUAUGGCUGAGGGUCAGAGCGCGGGCAAAGCGACUGCUAUGGAGCACUGGAGUAUCCUCGUGGAGAUGGUGAUCAGUACACUGAAAGCCAGGAAGCACAAAGAGAUGGUGACCCAAAAAAGCGACGCUGGGUUGGCAGAGAUGAGCAAAGUCCCUGGGACGGCCAAUCCAUCCAUAUCCCAGCCGACAGGAGGCUCGCCCGGGCCCAAUUCCCAGGACGUCGUCGAGGGGAUGCGCGAUCUGGUCUUCAGUGACACCCUGCUGGGCGAGCCUGGACUAUCUCCAGUGACUGCUGCCAUCCUUGACCCCAAGCCAGGCACCAGUCCAUCAUACGAUCUGUUGGAAAAUUCCACCAACGUGCUCACUUCCUCUUCAAAGCCUUCUUUCCCUAUCACUACGGGUAUCUUUCACCCCCCACCAGCGAGUACCUUCCCCUGUGCUCGAUCUCGGCGGACUUCGACUGUGCCAUCUCCAAGCGCCGAGGACAGUGCUCCGAAUGUUGGAGAGAAUGCUGUACUUGACAGAGGUGCCGGGAAUAAUGAGGGGAUAGAGGAACAGGGGAAUUCUGCUAAGCACGGGGGCCGGGACGACGGUGGAGAAGGGGAGAAUGCCGAGCUGAGCUCCAGUGCCGCCUGA